GAAAACAGAGAAUUAUUGUUUACUGCCAAAUCCACCGCCGCCACCCACUCGAUCCCUUCCCUCCAAACAUCUAAAAGCCCCCACACAGCGCAAGCGAAAGGAGAGAAAAGAUAACACAGGAGAUAUGAUUCCUCUUCGGCUUCCCAUCCUCCUAGCAGCUACUGCCCUGCUCUCCCUCCAUUUAUCCCCCCUAGCUUCUUCCCUAAACCAGGAAGGCCUCUACCUCCUUGAAGCCAAGCGCGGCCUCUCCGAUCCCGACAGCGCUCUCGCCAACUGGAACUCCCGCGACGCUACUCCCUGUAACUGGACCGGAAUACUCUGCUCCUCCUCUUCUUCCGUCACGUCCCUCAAUCUCGCUAACCUCAACCUCGCCGGCCCAUUCCCAUCCUCUCUCUGCAGCCUCCCCAAUCUUUCGUUCAUCUCGCUUUCCCUAAACUACAUUAACUCCUCUCUUCCCUCCUCCUCUCUCCUACCCUGUACUUCGCUUACACACCUCGACCUCUCCCAAAACCUUCUCGUCGGCGUUCUUCCAGACUCGUUACCUUCCCUUCCCUCGCUGCUCUACCUCGACCUUUCUGGAAAUAACUUUUCCGGCGCCAUUCCUUCUUCAUUCUCCUUGUUUCCAUCUCUUCAAGUUCUCUCCUUGACCGGAAAUCUCCUCAAUGCCACCAUUCCUUCUCUUCUCGGCAACCUGUUAUCUCUUCGUCAGCUUAAUCUGUCUUACAACCCGUUCGCCGCCGGUGUUAUACCAUCUUCAUUUUCUAAUCUCACCAACCUCGAAAAGCUCUGGCUUGCCGGCUGCAACCUCGUCGGCAGCAUCCCUCCAGGUCUGGGCGGGCUCUCCAAGCUCACAAACUUCGAUCUUUCCAACAACUUCCUCACCGAUGUCAUUCCUGAAUCACUCUCCGGCCUCGCCUCAGUUGUUCAAAUCGAGCUUUAUAACAACUCUCUUUCUGGUCAUCUACCUGUUGGACUCUCCAACCUCACUAACCUUCGCCGAAUGGACGCCUCCAUGAACCAUCUCUCUGGUUCGAUUCCGGAUGAUAUUUUCUUCAUCCCCAAUUUGGAAAACCUCCACCUUUAUCAAAACCAGCUGACCGGCUCAAUUCCCCCCACCGCCGCGUUGGCGUCAAAGCUCUACGAGCUCCGGCUUUUUGAGAACCAGCUUUCAGGUGCUCUUCCAGCCAGUCUCGGGGCGCAUUCCCCGCUCAUGUUUGUUGACCUAUCCGAAAACCAGCUCACCGGCGAUAUUCCCAGAGGUAUCUGUGAAGGUGGUGUGCUGCAGGAGCUUCUUUUAAUAGAUAACGACUUCACCGGAAGCCUCCCUGCAGACCUCGGCCGUUGCCGGAAUCUCAACCGCGUGCGGCUCAGCAACAACCGGCUAUCCGGUGAUGUGCCAUCCAGGAUGUGGGGACUGCCACAUAUCUGGAUUCUCGAGCUCAGUAACAAUUCCUUCACCGGAGGAAUCACCCCUGAGAUCGCCGGCGCCGCCAAUCUCUCUAAGUUGCUCAUCGACAGAAACCAUUUCACCGGAAACAUUCCCGCAGAGAUUGGCUCACUCUUCAAGCUCUAUGAGUUCUCAGCCGGCGACAAUCGGCUCACUGGCCCCUUGCCUGAAUCUCUCGGAAAGCUGACUGAGCUGGGUCAGCUCGACCUGCACAACAACUUGCUCUCCGGCGAGCUUGUUACCGCAAUUCAAUCUUCGACCAAGCUCACCCUUUUAAAUCUCGCAAACAACGAGUUCACAGGCAGAAUUCCGCCGGAGCUCGGAAACCUGCCGGUGCUAAACUACCUCGACUUGUCCGGCAACAGCCUCACCGGAGGAAUCCCAUUCCAAUUACAAAACUUGAAACUGAAUCAAUUCAAUUUAUCUGACAACCAGCUCUCUGGUUCCAUUCCUCCCCUCUUCCACAACGAAGCUUACAAAACUAGCUUUUUAGGUAACCCCGGCUUGUGCUGGGAUCAAUCUGGUCUCUGUGCAAGCUCUAACAACAGUAGUCAGAACCGAACCAAGUAUUUGUGGCUUCUUCGUUCAAUCUUUAUUCUCAUGGCUAUAGUAUUAAUCUCCGGAAUUGCUCUCUUUUACUGCAAAUACAGACAGAUCAAGAAGGCAAACAAGGGGCAGGAGAAAUCCAGCAAGUGGAUUCUCACUUCAUUCCACAAGCUAGGAUUCAGCGAGUAUGAGAUACUUGAUUCCUUGGACGAAGAUAAUGUGAUCGGAAGCGGAGCUUCUGGUAAAGUCUACAAGGUAGUGCUUAGCAACGGUGAGGCCGUGGCUGUAAAAAAACUGUUUAGAAAUACAAAGAUGAAUGGUGAAAGUCAUGACCAAGCUUCGGACGAUGCUUUUGAAGCAGAAGUAGCGACUUUGGGGAAGAUAAGACAUAAGAAUAUUGUUAAGCUUUGGUGCUGUUGUGCUCAUAAGGAUUGCAAGCUACUUGUUUACGAGUUCAUGACGAAUGGGAGCUUGGGAGAUCUGUUACAUGGUAAUAAAGCGAGUGUUUUGGAUUGGCCGACGAGGUAUAAGAUUGCUGUGGAUGCGGCAGAGGGGCUCUGUUAUCUUCACCAUGACUGCGUUCCUGCGAUUGUCCAUAGAGAUGUGAAAUCCAACAAUAUUCUUUUAGAUGCGGGGCUUGGGGCUAAAGUUGCAGACUUUGGGGUUGCCAAAGUGGUGGAAGGGGUGGAGAAAGGCCCCAGAUCUAUGUCUGUUAUUGCUGGUUCGUGCGGAUACAUCGCUCCAGAAUACGCAUACACUCUACGAGUGAACGAGAAGAGCGACAUAUACAGCUUCGGAGUCGUCAUCCUUGAGCUAGUUACAGGAAAGCUUCCUGUAGAUCCAGAGUUCGGAGAAAAGGAUUUGGUGAAGUGGGUGUGCAGCACAGUGCAGCAGAAAGGAGAAGAUCACGUGAUUGAUUCAAAGCUGGAUCUUUGCUACAAGGCAGAGAUAACCAAAGUCCUUCACAUCGGUCUGCUCUGUACCAGUUCUCUUCCCAUUAACCGCCCCACCAUGAGAAGGGUAGUCAAGAUGCUUUAUGAAGUGGGCUACGAGCAGAAGCCGAAGCCAUUCCCCAAGGACGGGAAGCUCUCUCCUUACUACUAUGAAGAUGAUCAGAGCGUCACCUCUGCAUCAGUGGGAGAUGAUGAGACGAAGAAUUUAGAGAGGUGCUGUUCUCUCCAAAUAGAUCCACAGAUCAUAGUUUAGAAAGCAGCAAAUAGAGUAUUUCAUCCACCAAUUUUUUUUUUUUAGAAUUUAAAUACUGUAAAUGGAUGAAAUAUUUUGUUUUUGGAAUGGGAGAGAAUGGAACAAGGUCAUGGGAAGCUGUCGGUGCUGUUGCCUUCUCAUUUCUUUUUUGUUAAACAAGGUUUUUGAAUGCUUUUGUUUGUAUUUAGCUUUCAGUUUUGCGACUAUCUGGUCCAGUGUAAUUUAUUGUUGGUUUCUGGAAGUCAUUGGUGCUAGUGCUUUGUAAAAUUCUGCAUUAAUGUUAGAUUUUUAUUUAUUGGAUGUAA